AUGCCGCACAGGAUCAUGGACGGCCAGGACCGGGAGGUCUACGAGGCGCAAUCCCUGCAAUUGCGGGCUGAUCUUAAGCAAUGGGAAGGGGACUGGGCGGUUGCACACGCGGGAAAGAAGCCGGGCCGCGACGACAUCAAACAGAAUCCCGACAUUGGCAAGAUCCCGCCUCCGCCGUUGGGUCCCGUCGAAGCCACCCACGGGCACCAGCAGCAGCAGCAACGCAAACGGAGCCGAUCUGAUGCCGUCUUGCCUCCGCAAACGCCCUCCAAGAGGCCCAGGCCUGACAAGCCAUUACAAAAGACCCAGCAGUCCUACCCUGAGGACAUGGCCGCUGCCACUCGCACCCCUUUAGCAGCCCAUGUUGGCACCCCGUCCUCAAACCGGACAUCCUUCACACCUCUCGCUCCAAUUCCCACCUCCAUCAGCCCAACACCACAAAGAGACGGCCGCGUUCUCGGCAUCUUCGACCUCCUCGGCCGCACCCCCUCGCGGUCCACCGCAACCGUCACAAAAGCCAAUACCCUCCCCAUUGCAGCCACCCCGAGCAAACAGCGCACCGCCGACCUCCUCCCCACAACCACCACGGCAAUGGCAACGACUAUAACCACCCCAUCCACCGCCCGCUUCACCGUCACCACACCACAAUCCAAACGCACCACCGCCCAGCUCCUCUUCCAGGCCCCCGCCUCCGCCACAACACCUCGCCGCCGCCGCCGUGGUAGCAGAGGCAGCAUCACUGAUGGGGAAGGCGGCAAGGAGAACACCACGCCCUUCAAGACCCCUUCCACAAACCGCGUCACCAAAACAAGACCCAACAACACUACUGCAGCAACACCGACCAGCUCGACGCCCUCCUUCCUACGGCGACGCACCAUCUCUUUGGGCACAGCAACAGCCACCGGGCUAGCGCGCGUGGAUGAGCAGGAUGAGCAUGGCGGUGGAGCGGGACAAGGAGGGGCGGGAGGGGAAGAUGGAGACGGGGACGGCGAUGAAGAGGGGGGGUGGGGGCGGGUUGGCCCCCUGAGGUUGCCGCGCAAGUUGGGAGGGCUUGGGCGCAGUUUGAGCAGCGUUGUUGCGGGGCUGAGGCGGAUGCAGGAUGAGGCGUUUGAGGAGGAGGAGGAUGCUUUGAGGGAGAUGGAGAUGGAGAUGGAGGGCGGCGGUGGCGCCGAGAAGGGGACGGGAAAGAAAAACGUGGCGGAAGAGGUGGAAGUGGGUGACAGCCAAGCGCCAGUGCAACUGGGCCGAGACCUGGCUCCUAAGACGACACACCAAGAGGACGGGGACGCACCCGCGCCCUUACUCUCCGGUUUCGACGAGGAGGCGCUCUACGACAGCUUGGACGAAGAGAAGCAAAGACAACCCCUCCGCCAGUUCAAGAAACGCGGCCAGAAACGCAGCACCCGCCUUGUCAACAUGCGGCCGACGCGCGCCAAGCGACCCGCCCAGGUCGGGGGUGAACCCGACGAAGAAGAGGAAGAACUCGACCUGGUUCCCGAAACCCAGUUCAACGCCUCCAAGCCCACCGCCACGGCAGGCGAGGACGCCGAUGACCUGCGCCUCUCGGACCUCGACUCCGCCUCGGAAGCCGACUUCCAUGCUUCCGACUCUGGCGAGGAGAACGAUGAACCGGGGAAGACCAAAACCAAGGCAAAGAAACCCAAGGCGGCCGCAACCAACGACAAAAAGGCGAAGGCCGGGGGGGGAGGCCAAGGGCGAGGGCGUCGUCAAGAGGGCGGUGCGCAAGGUUAA